AAACCUUCUUAACAACCAUUUUUCUUCAUCAAUUUCGCUUCUUCUUCAAGAAAACCCUAAUUCAUGGAGCCUAAACAAAUUCCCUUUGAUUUAAGUCAACUCACAGAGCAAGAAUUUUCCUCUCUCCAAUCCACCAUUCUUAGGUACCACAUUUUCCAGCCCAGUUCCUCAAAUACCUGCACCUCCCUAACAGUACAACGCAUUGAUGCACCAGCCGCCGCAGUAUGGCCAUUUGUACGUGCUUUUGAAGCCCCUCAAACCUACAAACACUUCAUCAAAAGCUGUCGACUGGUGGCAGGCGAUGGCGGAGUCGGGAGCGUCCGCCACGUCACAGUGGUUUCCGGGCUUCCAGCGUCAACGAGUAUCGAGAGGUUAGAGAUGAUCGAUGAUGAAAAAUUUGUACUGAGUUUUAGGGUUGUGGGAGGUGAGCAUAGGCUUACAGAUUACAAUUCUAUUACAUCUGUGAAUGAACUAUUGAAUGAGGAAGAAGAAAGGGUAUAUACUGUUGUUUUGGAAUCUUAUGUUGUGGAAAUACCAGAAGGGAACACAAGAGAGGAUACUAGGUUGUUUGCUGAUACCAUAGUCAAGCUGAACCUUCAAAAGCUUAGGGAUGUUGCCAUGGCACAGAGAACUUAACUUGUUGUACUCAGUGACACUCGUCACAUAUGAAUAUGUUAGAUACAUGUUCAUCGAUUUGAAACA